CUAUCAUUCGGUUCGACCCGGUAACUCUUCUCAAAAGUUCAUCAUUCCAAAUAAAAUUCCCCAUUUCUUCGCAUCCAGAUUCUCUGCAAACCCUAAUCGCAGAUCCCAGUAAGAGAGACUCCCACUACCUUAGCGAACCGCCAUGGAUUACGCAGCUCGAAGGAGAAAUCAAGGAGGCCUUUUCGAAGGUCUCUACAGAGUCAUCAUGCGCCGCAACUCCGUCUACGUCACCUUCAUCAUCGCCGGCGCUUUCCUGGGAGAACGGGCUGUGGAUUAUGGAGUUCAUAAGCUCUGGGAAUAUAACAAUGUUGGGAAACGGUAUGAAGACAUUCCAGUGCUAGGACAGAGGCAAUCUGAGGAAUGAAGUGAACAUGCCCUUUCUGGAUAUUUUGAAGUUAUUAUUGAGGAUUGGGUCUGAGCAUGUAUGUGUUAGGUAGCAAUGCUCAUUGUUGCAAUAAAAUGUUCUUUGUUUUGGUGGAACAAAUUGUUUUGAACCAUGAGUUGGUUGAAUUAUCUUUGGAAAUUUUGGAUUAUUUGGAACUACGGAUGGCUGCGAUGUAUACUGACUCACUUAACGCAUUCCCGUGCAAUUUGCAAUUGUGGAAUGUAGAAUAAUCUCAGCAUGAAUGACCGAACCCACAUUUUCCAUCA